AUAUCCUUAGAAAAGAGGUCAGUCGUAGUUGACUUGUCGCAUCAAUUGCUCGAUCGUUCAGUACCGUCUUCUGCAAGAAGCAAUGGCUAUCGUGCUCGUAUCUUUAAUUCUCAUAGUAUUAGGGAUUCUCUAUUUUUAUUUAACGAAGAAUUACAAUUAUUGGCAGAAGCGUAAAAUACCUUGCCCGGAUGGCGCUUUACCUGGAGUCGGUCACUUCUGGGACCUCAUCACCAUGAAGACCUCUUUCUCUGACUGUUGUCUCAAGAUUUACAACGCUAAUCGAAGUCACAGUAUGAUGGGAAUUUACAAUUUUACAUCACCGACAUUAAUGAUUUUUGAACCGGAGCUAAUAAAGACAGUGCUGCAAACCAAUUUUGUGAACUUUCACGAGAACGGUUUUAAGAUUGAUAGCGACUUGGAUCCUCUUCUGGCAAACAAUCCAUUUUUUACAUACGGCGAGAAAUGGAUAACUGGCAGGAAGCGUUUGACUUAUGCAUUUUCCAGCAUGCGGUUGAAAAUUUUGCUCGAGAGUGUCAAGCAAGUGUGCGAGAAGUUUGAAAAUUUCCUUGAUAAAAAAUUGAGCAAAGUCGGAAAAAUUGAAUUGGAGCUGAAAGAUCUAUUUGCCAGAUUCACCUCGCAGGUUGUUUCCAGUGCAGGCUUUGGCGUGGACGGAUUGUCCUUCGACGAGGAGAAAGAGCACGAAUCUUUCUACACGAUGGCCAAAUCCUUCCUUGAACCCACCGGUUGGAACAACUUUGUCUUUACACUUGUUUUCUUUUUGCCUUUGUUGGGCAAAAUUUUUAAGAUACCUUUUUUACCAAAAAAAGUCGAUCAUUACUUUAGAACGAUAAUUACGGAUGUUAUGGAACAAAGAAGAACAGAGAACAAGCCCAGAAACGACUUUCUUCAAUUGAUGGCUGAUUUAGAACGAACGGAGGGUAAUAAAAUUGAUAUAAAUGUUCUUGUGUCUCAUGCAACGUCAUUUUUCAUCGACGGUUACGAGACUUCCAGUACAGUUUUGAGCUUCGUUGGUUUUCAAUUAGCUAAUAAUCCGGAUGUGCAGACAAAAUUACGCGAGGAAGUAAUAUCUGUGCUCAAUAAGUACGAGGACGUGAUUACUUACGAUGCUUUGAAAGAUAUGACGUACAUGGAUCAAGUUAUAAACGAAUCACAGAGAAUCAUUCCUACAUUAGGAUUUCUGACCAAGAUUUGUACAGAAGAGAUUGAACUUAAAGGAUCCGAUGGAAUUGCCUGUCACGUUGAACGCGGAAUGCAAAUUCUGAUACCUGUUAACGGCCUGCAGGUAGAUCCUCGAUAUUGGGAGCAUCCUGAAGUAUUCGAUCCCGACAGAUUCGGCCCGGAUAGAAAACAUAGCAUCGAGAAAUUCGCUUUUCUUCCCUUCGGCGAGGGUCCGCGAAUGUGUGUCGGGAUGAGAAUGGCUCAGUUACAAAUGAAAGCGUGUUUGGCAACAUUUUUACGAAAAUAUAGUAUCGAACUUUCUCCAAAGACUCGUAUACCCUUGGAGUUCGCACCUUCAGCCUUUUUGACUUCAACAAAGAAUGGUCUUUGGGCCUUUAUUCGAUUUAAUAAUUAGAAUUUUUUUAAUUUGUCGGGACACUUAUAUAUCUUUCUCUUUUAUUUUUUCUUAUAUAAUUAUAUGAAUUAAGCUCCUAUGA